AUGUUGUCUGUAAAAGUUCUUUCUAGGGCCUUGAAUAGCUUGUUUGAUGAUCCAAUGUAUAGAGGUUUUGGCAUGCCUAAAUCGAGUCCAGAUCUAAAUCAUCUAGCAUAUGCAGAUGACACCAUAAUCUUCACCUCAGUAGACAGAUAUUCAUUAGAACUAGUAAUGGAAGUGUUGCUCAACUAUGAGACUGUCUCAGGACAAAGGAUGAAUAGAGAUAAGAGCUGCUUUUACAUGUAUAAAACCUGUGCAAUGAGUCUAGUUAAAGAUGUGACACAAAUCACUGGUUUUACAAGAGGUGAAUUUCUAUUCAAGUAUCUAGGAUGCCUAAUAUUUCAUAGCAGAAAGAAGAAGGCCUAUUACAAUGAUCUGAUAAAGAAAGUGAAUGACAAGCUCCAGAAUUGGAAAGGCAAGUUGAUGUCUUUUGGAGGUAAAGUUGUGCUCAUCAAUAGUGUUCUUCAAAGUAUGCCUAUGCAUUUAUUGUCUGCCAUGGUCCCCCACAAAGUAUACUAUUCAGGAGCUAAAUAG